CAUCAGUUAUCUACAUUCAUACACGAAACCUCAAGAUAUAGAAUUACUUUUAACAAUAACAAACUUAUCAAAAAUCAAACAUUUCAGACAUAGUUAUCUAGUUUUAAACAGGAAGUAAACACCGGGUAUCUAUCUAGAGUGAAAAUUUUAUGAAUAAAUGCAUUUAUUUGAGCAAACAAAUAUAUCAAUAAUCCAUUUCAAAAGUGCUUUGAAUGUAACUUUUCAUAUCUUUCGAACUAUUUGUCAAAACGUUAAUGAAAUUAUUACAUAAAAUAACAUGAUCAGCCACGGAUAAUAUUACAUAAUUAUACAGUAACAAUGGGGUAUUUCAAACAGGUGAAUACUAGUGAUUACAAUAUGGAACUUGCAGAGGAUUUAAAUGAUGAAAUGACUCGAGCUGUACUUCCUGUAACUAUUUUUGUUGGGAUAGAGGUGAUCGCAGCUUUCUUUGGAAAUAUAUUUGUGAUCUACGUGUUCCUGUUCCGAUACCAUGUCUGUAACUUCCGUUACUUUGUUUUGUGUUUAGCCAUUACCGAUCUUACAAGCAGUUUGACUACGAUGCCUGGAGAGAUGGUGACACAGCUUUAUUGGUACGUGUAUCCAGUACCGGAAUUGUGUAAGAUCAAGUCCUUCUUUAAUGUCUUCACCGUGUCGGCUGAAGCUCUGUGCCUACUUACAAUUGGCGUGGACAGAUAUCUGAAAGUUUGUCGACCUCUUGGUCAUCAAAUGAAACCAAAGCAUGCUAUUAUUAUUUGUGGAUUGAUUUACAUAAUUGCAUUCAUAUUAGCUAUCCCUGUGUACAUCCUUUGGGGAACGCACGAUAAGGAAAUGAUGUAUAAAAACCAAACAAUAUUAGUAACUGUAUGUGAAAAAGAUGAGAAAUGGCUAGAAACUAACCACCCUCUACAAUAUUCUGUAGCUAUAGAGGUUAUCAUAUCAAUAUGUUUAUUUAUAAUGUUUGUAUUGUAUGUAUUUGUGGUUAGAGCACUUUUGAAAAACAAACGGUUUCGUGCAAACGCGCCGGGAAGACAUUAUUCGCCUCCAAAUUCAAGCAAUCCGAUCGAGAUAACUUCAACACAGGAAGUUAGUGAAACGGACACUCCUCCAAGAGAAGCUUCUACGUCAGGUAAUAUAGAGCACGAAAAUGUUACGAAAGGUGCGAAUUCAAAGUGCAGGGAAAGUAAAGUUUCAAUGACACCAGUUGAUGAUGACCAUGACAAUCGCAUGAGACACAGUAAUAUAUUAACUUUGAUAAAACGAACAGAAAUCGCCGACAAGGAAGACAACUCUACCCAACAAAAUAGAGACGCUGUGCAUAAUACAUACCACAUGCUGUCACGUGUUCGCAGAAAAACAUUGAUCAUGUUUAUUUUAACUGUUGUUUUUAUAAUAACAACAAUAUUAUAUCUAACGCUACUCUCGUUUAUAGCGAGAUCUAUACUUGACACGCUCAGCGACAGCGGCAAAGCUGUCUAUUUCUUUUUCUUCCGCCUUUACUUUAUCAACCACGUGAUCAAUCCAAUCAUUUAUGGCGUUCUGGACCCACAUUUCAAACAAGUAGUGAAACACCUCAAAAGUACAAUUUCAGCAACAUUUGGUUACUGACUCA